CCUCUGCAGCCUGUGCUGUGUCGGUGUCACUGGCAUCGGGGAGGGGGCUGUGCGCUGGCACGGCUCCAGCCUGCCCCUGUCAGCCCUCUGAGCUGGGUCGCAGCUCUGUGCUGGGAAGGAGGCAUCCAAGAGCUUCAUGUUUCCUGUCGGUGGUGGUUUAGGUCCUCCUCAAGGGAUGAUCCCUAUGCAGCAGCAAGGCUUCCCCAUGGUUCCUGUCAUGCAGUCCAAUAUGCCAGGCAUGAUGGGAAUGAAUUAUGGAUCUCAGAUGCCCCCUGGACCCAUGGCCAUGCAGGGUGGCAUGGCCCUGGGGCCGAUGCCAGCGACCGGAAUGCCUUACAUGGGACAGGCUCCUUUCCUGGGAAUGCGGCCAGCAGCCCCGCAGUACAGCCCUGACAUGCAGAAGCAGUUUGCAGAGGAACAACAGAAGAGGUUUGAGCACCAGCAGAAGUUUUUAGAAGAGGAAAGAAAACGGCGCCAGUUUGAAGAGCAGAAGCAAAAGCUGAGGCUGCUAAGCAGUGUGAAGCCUAAGACAGGUGAAAAAAGCAGGGAUGAUGCCUUGGAAGCCAUCAAAGGGAAUCUGGAUGGGUUUUCCAGAGAUGCUAAGAUGCACCCAACGCCAGCAGCACUCCCCAAAAAGCCAGAUCAUUCCACACCAUCCCAUUCUGCUGUAUCUGUUUCCCACUCUGCUUUUCUCGGUGAUGAAGAAUUUAGUGACUUUAUGCAAGGGCCUGUUGAACCCCCCAGAGUGCUGCCUCAAACCACCUCUCAGCCUUUUCAGCCUUUCCAUUCUGCCACUGAGGCUGGGCAGCUGCUUUCAGAAAAGGCUGUGGUCCAGCCUCUCCCUCCAGCCCAGGCUUCAGUGAUACCCACCCUGCAUGGUACAACUGGGCAGGUUCCUUACUUUCCUACCUCUGCAUCUUCAUCACCCCAUGUCCAUAAACCAGGCUCUUCCUUGGAGGAGAAGGUCUUAAAUAAUGGCUCAAAUGAAUCUGAACAAGAGCAAACCAAACUUAAGGCAUCUGAAGUUGGGCACAGAGCCUCGGCUGCCAGCCAAGCUCACCCCAGUCUAACCAGCAGUGACUGGGGUGGUGUAGGUGGACAUGAGAGUGGUACCACUGCUGCUGAGGUGCACAAGGCUUCAGAACAAAACAUAGCAGUUGAAGAGAGUGGAGUUGGAGUCUUCCCUUCACAGGACCCCAUCCAGCAAAUGAUGCCUGCGUGGAUUUACAACGACAGCUUGGUGCCAGAGUUGUAUAAGAAGAUUCUAGAAACCACUUUGACACCUGCUGGAAUAGACACAGCUAAACUCUAUCCUAUACUGAUGUCUUCUGGAUUGCCCAGAGAAACCCUGGGACAGAUCUGGGCUUUAGCCAACCGUACCACCCCUGGGAAGCUGACAAAGGAAGAGCUCUACACUGUCCUGGCUAUGAUAGCAGUCACUCAGAGAGGAAUACCUGCAGUGAGUCCUGAUAUGCUGAACCAGUUUCCAGCUGCUCCCGUUCCCACCCUGACUGGGUUCCCAAUGCCGCUGCCUGCCCCGGUGAGCCAGCAGCCACUGCUGCCCUCCGCACCGCCUGUCUCCAUGCCUCUGAUGGGAAUGAGCAUCACGGCCCCCGCCGGCACAGCUGCAGGACAGCCUGCAGGAGGCUUCCUGCCACCUUACUCACCUGGCCAGGUAGUCAAAGCAGAAGAUGAUGACUUCCAGGAGUUUCAAGAUGCUUCCAAGUCUGGCUCCCUGGAUGACUCUUUCCCUGACUUCCAAGGGGAUGUGGCUGGCUCCUCCAAAGCAGGCAGUGCACAGCAGCGGAGCAGUGUCCCUCCUUUACUAGUGCCACUCCCAGGUAAUAAGGCACUCUCCUCGAGUGAUAAGUACGCUGCCUUCAAAGGGAUUGCAGCCGAGAAGCCCGCCGACAGCACAGCUCCUUUUGGAGAUUCUGGAGACAAGUACAGUGCUUUCCGUGAGCUGGAGCAGCCCUCAGACAGCAAAUGCUUGGGAGAUAACCUUGCAGAGCCCAAGCCUGCAGCAGCCGACGACGGCUUCACCGAUUUCAAAACCGCUGACAGCGUCUCCCCGCUAGAGCCACCUGCGAAAGACAAACCCUUCCCUGCAGCCUUCCCCUCUCUGCCCCUUCAGCCCAAGCAGCAAACACAAGCCAAGAGCUCUUUGAAUUUAGCGGACUUGGAUCUCUUUUCCUCUCCCGCAGAAAGCAAGCAGCCCUCCUUGACCCCUGCCUUUAGCGCACCGAAGUCAGGCUCCCUUCCUCCGCCCCCGCUGCCGCCCGCCGCCGCCGCCCCGCCGCCCCCCAGCAAGAGCUCCAGCUUGGCUGAGGACUUCGGAGAGUUCAACCUGUUUGGGGACUUCUCUAACUGCACCUCGGGCAGCGGGCAGGAUGACUUUGCAGAUUUUAUGGCUUUCAACAGCAGCAGUGGAUUUGCUGAACAAAAAGCAGAAGACAAGUACAGUGCACUCAAGCUGGAGGCUGCUCCUGCUCCUCAGCCUGCCUCCUCUGGCAGCACGGCCAAGGGUGGGCAGAGCUCUGCCACCGCUUCCACGCCCACCAAAUAUGACAUCUUCAAACAGCUUUCUCUGGAGGGCUCUGGAGCAGGCUUCGAGGAGGCCAAAGAUGGCACCACCCUUUCCUCAGUAAAGAGCGACGAUGACUUUGCUGACUUUCCCUCUAACAAGUUCUCUUCCACCUGCAACAGUGUGGACAAGUCCUUGGUGGAUAAAGUGGCAGCUUUCAAGCAGGCCAAAGAAGACUCUGGCUCAGUGAAGUCCCUGGAUCUGCCUUCCAUCGGCGGCAGCAGCGUCGGCAAGGAGGACUCCGAAGAUGCCCUGUCUGUUCAGUUUGACAUGAAACUGGCUGAUGUGGGAGGAGAUCUUAAGCAUGUCAUGUCUGAUAGCUCUUUGGAUUUGCCAACUGUUAGUGGCCAGCAUCCACCAGCAGCAGAUAUAGAUGACUUAAAAUGUGCCCCAUUUGGAAGCUAUAACAGUGGGUCUGCAGUCAGCAGCCUGGCAAGCUAUGACUGGUCCGACAAAGAAGACAUUCAGCAGGGCAAGAAGCUCUCCUCCUUUGUCCAGUCCUCGGGAAGUGGAUCCUCUACGGCUACUUCUGUCCUUCAGAAGAAGGAGACCUUGUUUGGCAGCUCAGAAAACAUUACCAUGACAACAGUUUCCAAAGUGACAACCUUUGCUAGUGAGGAUGCUUUGCAGGAUGUUUCCUUUGCAGCAUUUGCAAACUUUAAAGACUCUGGCCCAGCAGGUCCCAGCGAGGAUGACUCCGGAGGCUUUGGGGACUUCGCCAGCCCUUCGGCAGGCGCACAGGAUGCAGCGGCAGCCCAGGCGAGGCAGGAGGCAGAUUUCCUGGCCAGUGGGCUGCCUUCUGACCUGCAAAGAGAGUCCACAGAUGACUUUGGAGAGUUCCAAAGCGAAAAGCCAAAAAUCAGCAAGUUUGACUUCUUGGUGGCAACUUCCCAAGGCAAGGUGAAGUCCAGUGAAGAAAUGAUCAGGAGCGAGCUGGCCACCUUUGACCUGUCUGUGCAAGGGUCUCACAAAAGGAGCUUAAGCCUGGGUGACCGAGAAAUCAGCCGCUCCUCGCCUCUGCCUGUGCUGGAGCAGCCCUUCAGGGAUCGCUCCAACACCUUCAGUGAGAAGCCUGCGCUGCCUGUCAUCAGAGACAAGUACAAAGACCUGACUGGAGAAGUUGAGGAAAGUGAGAGGUAUGCCUACGAAUGGCAAAGAUGCUUGGAGAGUGCCCUGCAGGUCAUAAGGAAAGCAAACGACACCUUGAAUGGGAUCAGCAGCUCCUCCGUCUGCACGGAAGUGAUCCAGUCUGCACAGGGCAUGGAGUACCUGCUGGGGGUUGUGGAAGUCUACAGGGUGACGAAGAGAGUUGAGCUGGGCAUCAAAGCAACAGCUGUCUGCAGUGAGAAGCUCCAGCAGCUGCUGAAGGACAUCGACAAGGUCUGGAACAACCUCAUCAGCUUCAUGUCGCUCGCAGCUUUGACGCCAGAUGAAAACUCCCUGGAUUUCUCCUCUUGUAUGCUGCGUCCGGGGAUUAAAAACGCCCAAGAUCUUGCCUGUGGAGUGUGCCUGCUGAACGUGGAUUCCAGGAGCAAAAAUGAAGAGAAACCUGUGGAAGAGCUUCCUAGAAAAGCCUUUAAUUCAGAAACAGAUAACUUCAAGCUGGCAUACGGAGGGCACCAGUACCAUGCAAGCUGUGCGAAUUUCUGGAUCAACUGUGUGGAGCCAAAGCCUCCAGGUCUCAUUCUGCCAGACCUGCUCUGAGAGCUGUUGCACUGAAGAUGGAGAAUUGGGUCUGGUAGUGCAGGACACUUGGGGUCAAUUUGUGGUGUGGGGCCAGUGGCCAGGCUCAGGCUGUGGUGAGUGUGUGAAAGGCUGUGUCUGGGUUUCUGCAGCAGAAUGGUUACAGCCAGGGGCACAGGCACCUGCCCAUGAAGAAUGUCACUUGCAAAGGGCCAAGGUGUCAGAAAUCAACAGAAAAAAACAUACUUUGGCCAAAAAAAUUGCAGCAUUUCAGCCUUCCCCAAGAUGAAAGGGGGUCCCAGUCUGUAACAAGGCAGCCUGCUCACCAAGGGCAUGCAUCUUCAAAGGAGGGCAGAGCUUCCAGGGAAAAGCCAGGUGCUGGGCUGAUUUGCAUGGAAGUGACCACUGGGAUGUUGAAGUCCAUUUGCAAACAGAUCCUUUCCAUCAUCUUUUCAGCCUGUGGACCUCUCCUUAUUUGCUGCUAUAGCAUUGCAGUGCACGAGGCACAGCAACUUGCCAGGCAAACUGAAUUAUUGACUCUGAAGGAAUGGGGCUGCAGAGCUGCUCUGUUUAUACUUGCACUCCUCUGCUGGAGUUCAUCCUGAAUUCCUGGGCAGUGCUGGGGGAUAGGACUGGGGAAAAGUGUUGACUGUUUUUCCCCACCCUGUCUGAAUUCUUCAGCACAGGCAGGUGUGGUCUUUCUGUAAAUAUGGACAAACUCCUUCCUCAGCCUGGUCCUGAGCUGCCAGAAUGAUUUGCUGUCUGUCACCGGACCUUGGGCUCCCCUGCUACAGCAGCUCUGCUCCUGCCUGCAUCCACCCAGAUGUUUCCUUUCUGGACACAAAUGUGCUUUUCUAGAGGGGCAUUUCCUUUUCUGGACAGGAAUGUGCUUUUCUAGGGGGUUGCCUGUGUGCAAUUUGUGCAGCCUGCUGCUACCUGCACUCAGCUGUUGCUCUGACUCAGAGCUGGCAGCACAAGGUGGCCCCCAGCUCCUGCUGCAGGGGGUGUGGAUCAGCAGUGAAAGCUGGUGGCUGCUUUUUGAAGCAGAGUGUCUUGCAUCUGAUGUGUUGUGGCUUAUGGCAGCUCCCACGUUCUGUUGUGCCAUCACCAAUGUCCCUCCUACACCUGCAGUCCCUGAUUCUCUCCUCAGCUCUGGCAGCAGGCAGCUGGGGACAGAGCUGUAACGUGGUAGGAGACUCAGAAUGUCAUGAGGAGACUCUUCUCACUCCAGUCAGUGGAGUGGUGUGUGUGUGUCAGGUACAGCCUGCUGCUUCCUUCUGGGAUGUCACUGCUGCAGGAAAUCUCCCUUCUCCCCACAGAUACCAACAGCUUCCCCAGCUUACUCUUGCCUCCGUUGUGGUGAUUUGGACUGGUGGUGAUUUGCUGGAGUAGAAAUUACAAUGAGGAAAAAUGAUGCUGUCUGUUUAAAAAAAAAAGGGGGGGAAAGAGGCUUAGUUAGACUAAACUGUUAAUUACAGCCAGUGAAAGAAUCUUGGCUAACAGGAGUGCUGGGUGUCUGGCCCCUUAUUUACACAAAUUAAAGCAAAUCUUCCUGCUGCCUGAAAUUAGCUCAUUCAUAAACCAAGCAACUGGUGCCUGCAGUAGCAGGCUGGGGCUGACCACGUCACAGGUUUGUGUCGUUAGACAGCGACUGGCUGCCUUCUGUGGCCCAGUAAUUAGCAAAGUAAGGGCAGUCACUUACUGCCUGCUCUCUGCUUCCUUUGCUGGGUGUGAAAUAGUUCCUGCAGUAAGCAUCACAGCCCGUGGCCACGAACUGCUUGCUGUCGUCAUUUGGGGCUGCUGUGCCCAUUGCCAGCACAGGUUUUCCCACGGGGCUUUGGGGUCUGCUGGGCACAGUCACCAUUGCUGGCUUUUGCCUCCCGAGUUAGAGCAGCAGUGAAGUGUUGGCUGCCUCAUCCUGCUGCUAGCGAGGGGCCCCCUCGAGUGGUUUGGAGUACCAGGCUGACGCAAACGCUGCUGCUUCUCAAAUGCUAUCUUGGGAAGAGGCAGUUUAUUGUUAGCCUGGGCUCCCACCACAGCUCCUGAACACUCAGCUCGAGAGGGGGUUAUUUUUAUCUAAUUAAAAGCAAAUGCCACAAAUCAGAGGCCACAACGUGAAACUUAAAGCACCCAGGAGUUCAGAUGCGCCCCCAGCUCCACUGCCACCAGAACCUUCUGCAGUGCUGUGCUCCUUGUGCGUGGAGCAGCUGAGCUCUCUCGGAGGAAGCCUCUCUCCGAGGAAUCCAGCGUGGCUCUUGGCCCAUAAAAGGCAGGAAUCGGCAGUGGUGGCUGCAGCAGAGCUCCCUGAGCUGCGACACUCCUGAUCCCUGCAGAAGGAAGGGCAACAGCCUGCGAGUGUGGGGAGCAGGCAGCACUCGUGGGCGCUGGACACCUUUGCCUGGUGGGAGCACAGCAGACGGUCUGCAUGAGGCCACCCUGGCAGAAGGCAGCGCACAGGGAGGAUCAGUUCGCUUCCAUCUCCUCCUCACUCCGGUGACUCACUGUGGCAUUCAGCAGCAUCUCAGCUGUGCGGCCCGGGGUUGGGCACUCAGUAUCCAAGGUUACAGUUCCUGCCUGCAGUGCUCUGUGCCAGGGCCGCCCUCCCCUGCUGCCCCUGCACACAGCCUGGUGCAGAGUGCAGCUUUGGCCUUGCUGCUGCUGCUGGGAUCCAGGGCUCCCGCUGCUUGUGGCUUUUGCUGGAAAAGGGAAGUGAGGCUUGGCUGGGGUUUUUGAUGUGUUCUCUGAGCUGCCUUGGGGCUGCCCAUGGCAGGUGAUUUUUUUUUUUCUAUCUAUUUCUGUGCAUUUAGAAUUCUGAGAGAUUCUCUGCCUGGUCAUUUAAUGUAGAGAUGGCUUUUCCCAGCUGUAUUCCUGGUGCUGCUCUGCUGUCUUUGUGUGUUGUGGUUUCUUUCCUGUGGGAGGUAGGAGCUAUGUGGAGCUCCAGCCCCUUCCCCUGCCCAUCUUUCACCAUGUGUUGGCUCUAGUUUCUCCCCAGGCUUGCUGCUCCAAACUGGAGGUUAUUUGUGGUGUGGGAAUUAUGCUCUGCACUUGACCAUUCCUCUGGCUUUUCCUCCCUAGCAGCAGCUUCUCUCCCCCUGAGUUUGUUUGGAGCAGCUCCUUCCUUGAAGGUCCUGUAGUGUAUAUGGAGUGAUAGUGAAAUUCAACCUGAGGUUGAGAAGCUGCUCAGGAAAACCCAAGGAAUAUUCCAACUUCUAGUUAGCUACACAUCAGAUUAUUUAAACCUGAAACAAAAGCUGCCUUUGCAAUAGAUGCUGCUAUUGUACAAACUACUCCUUUGGUUUUGCUCUCCGGACCUGUAUUUAAUUCCAGUCCUCAAGGUUCAAAUAGAAAUGGCAUCAUUUUAUGAAGAAAAGUGGUGGGAAACCUUCCCCUUCUAUUGUGAUUCUUUAUUUGCCCUCUGGGCAGAUGGUAUUUCUCUUCUAGAAGUGGUUUUGCUGUUAGUAGUUGGUGCUGGUUUGGUCUGUGCAAUGCUGGAGUCACUGCUGCUACUCCAAUCCAGUAAGCAGUGUUGCUAAUUGACUUCAGUGCAUCAUUUACCCCCUAAUUCUUGCAAUGAUUUACAAAUCCUGUGCUGAGAUUCAAACCUCGUGUUCAAUAAAGAGCUCAGUUCCUAUCUGA